AUGGAGAACUUCUCACUCCUCAGCAUUUCUGGACCUCGAAUCCCUUCCUCAGCCCUGAGCACUUUUCCCGACAUUAUGUCCUCACGUGCCACCAGCUUGCCAGACAUUGCAAAGACUGCAUUACCCACCGAGGUGUCCAGCCCAGCACAGGGCCUGCCAGCCCAGUACCACAGCAGCGCGUUCCGGCACGGCGUGCAGAACACGGUGUUCUCUCCAGACUGCGUUUUGGGGGACGCCCAGAACGGGAAGCAGCUAAGACGCAACUGCACCAUCUACCGGCCCUGGUUCUCCCCUUACAGCUACUUCGUCUGCACGGACCAGGACAGCCACCUGGAGGCCUACAGCUUCCCAGAGGGGCAGCGGGACGAGGGCAGGGGGGACAGCUGCCUUCCCGAGGACUUGGCUGACAGCAUCUGCUCGUCCUCUUCCUCCCCAGAGAACACCUGCCCCCAAGAGGCCACCAAUAAAUCCAGGCACGGCCUGGACUCCACGGAUUACAUCACGUCCCAGGACAUCCUCACGGCCUCCAGGUGGCACCCGGCCCAGCAGAGCGGCUACAAGUGCGCGGCCUGCUGCCGCAUGUACCCCACUCUGUGCUCCCUCAAGAGCCACAUCAAGGGGGGGUUCAGGGAGGGCUUCAGCUGCAAGGUGUACUACCGCAAGCUCAAAACCCUCUGGGGCAAGGAGCAGAAGGCCCAGCCGGGAGACAGGCUCUCCUCGGGCAGCGGCCAGGCCUUCAAUAGCCCAGCUGGAGGGUGGCAGCUGUCCUGUUCGUGGACCCCUAGGUGA